GUUAUUUCAGCUUUAGGUAUCACCUAAUUUUUGAAGUGUGAUUGUUGUCUCGCGUCUGAAAGGGUUUCCUCUCUGGUAGUCGCUACCAAUUUUUUUUGGUUUUUAUUAUUAUUGUUGUCUUCGGUUUCAUUUUUUCUUCUUUCGCGUUUGACGCUUUCUCUGUGUUUCUUUGUUUGAUUUAGUGGGCCGCCUGUGUUCCCACUCGUCGUCCCUUCCAACGGUGCGCCUUCGUGUCCCUUCACCUUUUCCAAUAUAUAUAUAUAUAUAUAUUGGUUGAUUUCAUUGUACUUCCGCUAUUUCAACCUGUGUCGCUGUUGUUUUGUUUUGUGUAGUUGCUCAGCUGCCCCUUUUUCCUAUUAUUUUUUCUUGUAGUUUAGCUUCAUUUUUUGUGGUUGUCUUCCUUUCAUAGAACGACAAAGGAGGCGGACAUCAGGAGGGCAACAGGAAAGAUAGAGAGAGAGAGAAGACCACCGAAAGGGGCAGUAGAAGCGGAUUAUAUAUAUAUAUAUAUAUUCAUACGCACCACGCCAGGUGACGGAGGAAGAAGUCGAGCGAAGAGACUGCAGGCCUUGAGGAAAAGUAACGGGCUACCACAGCUUUCUGUUGUCACACACAAGCACACGCACGCACAUUUCUGUUGCCCAAAACGGCGACGGAAUUCAGAACUUACCUAGCAGCUCAUCUGCCUUGAUUGGCCUCCAACUGUGUGCGAUUGCGCACCCGUAGCUGGCGCGCCCUGUUCACUUCGUCCUCAAUUUUUGUUUUGUUAGACAACCUUGUCAUUAGGUUACUUUCCGUUGAAUAUUUUUCUCUCCUUUCGUGUUUCUUGGUUUUUUUUUUUUUUGCUUUUCGAGUUCCCGCGCGUACACCAGCUGGUCAACAGCGAAAUACUCGUAUCAGCGUGUGUGUGUGUGUGUGUUUCUUUUCUUUUAUUCUCUCUCCUCUUGCAAGAAAGUACAAGGUAUAAAAGGGUGGAAAGGCAGGGCUUUUUCUUUUGAUUUGCCCUCGAUCUUUCUGCCACUUUCUUGGAUAGAAAGCAAAGCACGUUUAUAUAUUUGAACGUGGUGUAGAGCUCACAUUUUCAGGGGGGGGGGCUUCUUUUUUUAAUCUUCUCUGGAUAUCAUCCAACGUUUACUACGCCUUUUUUCUUUUUCUUCAUUUCUGUCUCUCUUUUAUUGGUUUCGUUUCCGUGAUCAGAAGUUCUGUCCAGUUGGUUGAGAUACUGAGUGCGUGUGUAUGGGUGGGGAUUGUAUUACAGCCGCACUCUCCUGCUGUCGUGUUCUCUCUUCUUCUUCUUUUUCUUCUUUGCUUUGUUUGUUUGUUUGUUUGCUUGCUUUUCUGGUCUGCUUCUUUAGCAUCACAUCGUUUGUUUUAUUUCUUUUUCUCUCUUUCCGUUUUCUGUGUUUACUUGUGUGUGUGGGUGGGUGUUUCAUUCCUCCUUCUCUUUUGACUCUUCCUUGCAUUUUUCUACUACUGUAAUUUGUUAUUCGUGUUGGUUUCCAUCGCUGACCCCUGUUUGCGUGUGUUGUCGCGGCAGGAGUGCGCUGUGGGCCUCGCAUUCGUCUCCUAGAGAGCAUUCACCUCAUCAACGUGUUAUUAUUAUUACUAUUGCUCUCCUUUCUCUUUUUCUCUGAGUGUUUGGCUCCCCAGAAGGGUUUUUGUUUUGUUCUCUUGUUUUCUUGCCGGUAAAAGCACGUGGAGAGGGAAACCCAACGAAAUAGGAAGAGGAGAGGAAUCGCGCCUUACUGGGUCCGGCAAAGGUGAGGAGGGAGACCAAGAUGAUGAGUGACCCGAUUACACCGUCUUACAGCGCAACAGGCCACAUGUACGAGUACGGCGAGUACGACGGUCUCGUCGACCUCGACGCCCUCCACGGGGCCGCGACCAACGCGACGGCGACCACCACCACCAGUACCACCACGCAAGGCGUGAGCAGCGGCGGCGUAGGCGGGGGGACUGCCGCCGCCUCCCCCACGCCGAACCUCAGCUGCUUAAUGGGCAGCAGCGACGUCGCCGGCGACUGUUCCAACUCGACGGCCCUGCAAGGGCACAACACCCUCCAUGCGAGCAGCGGCGAGCAAGGCGCGACGCCGUCGCCGCACGGCCGAUCACCGGCGUGGAGGCAACCCCGCGACUCGGGCACCCGAGACAGCGGACACGGCUCGAGCGCAUUUGCAUCCCGUUCCAAUGGCGGCUACCCUAUCACGUCGGACGAGAGCGAUGUCGCGCUGUCGGCGGCGACGGCCACGGCAGCGACAGCGGCGGCGGCGCCUGGUUCUCGCCGUACCUCGCGUCGGCGCGUCGACAGUGCGAAGGGCCAACGAGACAGCAGCCCGAACCGUCAUUACAUGAACAAUAGUAACUCUGGAACAACGACGGCGGCGACGACUAGUAAUGCAGCCGACGACGUCGUGCACUUGCCCGUUAUCUUGCCAUCUCAGCAGCGCAGACCGACUGAGUCGCUGCUGCAGCCCCGCGUGCGGGUUAGUCCGCUCACGCAGGAGGCGAACCCAACCGUACCGACCGCCACCACCACCGCCACCGCCAACGUCACCGUCGCAACCACGUCGGCCAACGCCCGCAGCGCCUCCACCGUCUCUCCGUUAGCACAGAACAAGCGGUCGGUCGGGGCCAAGACGGUCAUGAGCGCGAACAACCUCGCGGCCAUGCAACGACACGGUAACGGCAACGAGCGCGUCUACACCAGUCCGUUGAGCACCGGCACGAGCAUCAACAAGGCGGCCCCCUUCCUCGCACCCCCGCUGUCUCCGCUGCACGCCCGAACAACUCCGUCCCACCCUGGGAACGCCCCAACGUCCAUUGGGGCCACCGGCGGGGCAGCCACGACAGCCGUCACAACCCGUCCCCUCACGGACAGCAGCGUAAAGCGUGAGGAGUCGCUAGACGUGGCGCAGUCCGCUGCUGCGCACACCGUGGUCGUCGACCUCGAAAGUCCGACGACUCGCUCCAAUGGCUGGGUACGCGAGGAAGCCCGUCGCAUCGACCGCAACAGUCAUGAGAUGACCACCGGCUUCUCGCAGGAGCGGCUAUGGCAAUCCAGCGCCCCGAGCAACACCGUCACCACCUCUCCUGCGAGCGGGCGCAGCGGCGCGGAAGGCGGCGACGCGGGCACCGAGAAGGCGAGUACGCUGCCAGCGUCAACGACGCCGCGAGCACCGGUGUGGUCGAACGACUACGAGGUAGGCCGCACCGACCUCGUUGGGUUAGCCACCACAACAACAAUAACCACAACGACCGACUUUGGUGCGAUGCCGCGGGUGGUCGCCCCUCCGCUGCUGCAGCGGCCUAUAAAGACGCUGUCCGACAGCAGCGGCAAGCGGGUAGCUCCCCUCCGGCCACAACCAGCCGUGCCCUCGACCCCGCCGGUCGGUACGACAACAUCGCUGGUGGAGUCGGUGAUAUCGCCCCUGCGCGCCAUGGCCCCACAGCGCACCGGGCGGCCGUCAGAGGCAGAGAAGCAGCAAGAACAGCAGCAGCACUCCACCGCUGCCCCGCCGACCAAUACGCUGGUCACCAGCGACAACAACCACAACUACAGAAAGCCGGACGCUGCACGGGCGAACUUAGUAGAAGGGAACGGCCACCGCGCCCGCUCCGGCUCCUCUAACCCGUCGGCUCAGCACGACACGCUGCGAGGUAGUAGCUGUAGUAGCAGUGCCGCCGCCUCCACGCCCCACACAGCGAGCGCCGUGGCCCACCGUCGCAUAAUGAUGCAGGCCGUCGACACGCACGUGAGCGCCCCGGCCGAGCUCGUCGGGAACUGCAAGGCGGCGUCGAGUGCCGCGCAGACCAAACUGCCGUACACCGACGAUGACCGCGCCGCCUUGGAGGCGUGGGCGGCCUUCCCCGCGCUCGAUGUCACCAUUCGCGGUCAGGCGCCGACGGCAACGCAGCUGCGCCGGGAGCGGGAUCUGGCGGCGGCGCGCCCCUUCGCUGCCCAGCAGCUCUAUCUGCCCGUUAAGGGGCAGGCGCCGCAGGAGUCCGCGGGCGAGCCAUUUGAGAUGAACUACGAUGUGCACAACGUGGUGGUGCAGCUGCGGCCCCGCAACCGUCCACUCAUGCUGGCCUACCCACCGCGCCUACCCUUCGAGCUGGACAUGCGCCCACGCCUGCGGCGGCAGCGCACGCUGCGCAGCUUCUACGGCAAGCUAUUUCCGCACGUGGGUGAUACGUGGUUUCGCAACGCGCUCAACGAUGCGCGGCACAUCAGCUCGCCAGAUAUCGAGUCGAUGGAGAAGCGGGAGGAGGAGGAAUUUAUUCGCAACGGCGGCGAUCCGGCGCAGCGGAGAAAUCGAUAUGGGCAGGCAAACAACCAUAACGCGAACAACAAUAAUAAUGGGCAGGAACAGUCACCACCACAGCAGCAGCAGCAGCAACGUCCACCUCCGUACGCAGGCGGCGUUGCACCGAGCAUUGAUGAAAUAAACCUCAACGCCAUCAAAAUGGAGCAGCCUGCUGUGUGA